CGCUUCCCGAGUGCGGAAGGCAAAAAGACUUUCGGCUGCUGGAACCGCGCGUCCUGAACCCGGGUUGUUCUUGAAAAGGACGGUCGUCGCGUCCGUCUGUGUGUCGGGCAGGAAUUCUGACAGGAACACAUUUUCCCAGGAAGGACUCAUCACAGCCAGUGCUGGAAGGAGCUUGUGUGUCUGUGAAUAUCGCGCAGUAGGCCGUGAUCGGAUUUUGAUUUGUGAUUUUUUCCGUUCUCGUUUCGGUUCGUUCUUUAUCACCUUCGUCGCGUUCGCGUGUGCCAAUAUCGUGCGUGUGAGUGUGUGUGUUACACCAAACAACUAUCCUGUGUCAUUGUUCUCCACACACCGAUUCGCGUGGGUGUGAGCAUUGUUUAUGUGUGUUCUAGUUUUUGCUCCUUUCCUGCGCGCUUCCGUAACUGCAUCCGGAAAUCAACCUGCAGGCGAGGUUUUCAUUCACAAGAACCGGAGAGGUCGACCGUAGUGGGCCGUGAGAAAAACGAAGCAAAAAACAACCAGAAACCGAGUGUGCGGCGAAAAUCAAUGAAAAUUUGAGGGCCUCCUUCGUUCGGGUUCGCGCGAGCAAGGAAGAGGACGAAGGAAGGGCAGUGCAGAUUCACGAGAUGAGUCCAAGUGUGCUAUGAUUAUUUAAUGUCAACUGGCGGCGACUGCAGCAAGCCGUGUGAGGUGAUUAGCCUCGAACGAGCAGUGUGAUGGGGUUGUGUCGACGAUAAGCGGAGGCAGUCCCAGUGGUGGAAAACUUGUGGUUUCGUGAAGAGAAUUCGCAAGGCGAAAAAAGAAAGCAAGUGUGAGGAAGAGUGAAGUGUUGUUAUCAACGUGAAGACAGCAAAACGGGCUUGUCGGUCUGGCAGGGAAAAAAAACUUGUAGGCAGAGGACACUGAGACACAAUCGCGCAGAGAAUCGUCGGAAGGAUGCAGCAUCGAUGAGGUCGCGUCGUUCUGAGAGAAAGUGUGCUUCUUCUAGCGAGGAUUAAUGUGCAAGCGUAAUCAGAAAGUUUGUACCCAUCAGCUGCUAGUAACGAGCGUGCCCGGAUCUAGAGUGUAUGUGUGUGCGUGUUUCUUUUUUCUGUGGGUGCAGUAGUUGGUUCGCUCGUUCGUAACUGUAACCAGUUUUCAAUCACGUAGAGUAAUGUACCACACAGACGCGCCGAUCACGUCGUCACAACAAUAGUUUGAGUACCGAUAGGUGCUAGUGUGUUGUUGAUAAGUCGUAAUCUUGGAGGAGAAGAAAGACAAUAGACGCGCGGCGGUUCUUGCCGUUCCGCAUCGCCGGACCCGUAUCGGACACAAAGCGCGGGAAAGUUGGUGGCGGGCACGAUUUUCUUCUUUCCUUAUACAGAGAGUGGGAGAGAUAGCGUAGGGUUCUCCGGUAGUAGAUGUAGGUAUAAAACACACAUAUCAGCUGAAAAAAGCCAAGUUCUGUCGACUGAAAAAAGAAACGUCGUUUUGUAGUGCACUCUGCUCCGUUUUCGGUUCGACAGGAAGCGUAAGAAACAAUAACACACAGUAGUUAUGCUCCCAAUAUGGGCUGCCUCCUGGACGGAGUUCCGCCUUCAGCUCCCCCAGAUGUGCCACCGCGUAAUCCAACAAUGAGUCGGAUGAAUGGACGCGUCACCGGUAACCCUACAGAGCUAGGCGUCGACUUUGAGCCAUCGUGUCUGGUGCGGACGCCAUCGGGCAACGUGUACAUUCCGAGCGGAAAUCUAGGUGAGCACCACUUUCACGAAUCUUACUACCACCAGCCAGAAACAACCAUUAAUAACAAAGGAUCACCGAUAGACUACAAGACGGGCUCGGCCUGCUCCACCCCGACGAAAGACACGCUCAAGAGCUGCGACCGCUACAUGGGUCCGGUACUGCCACCCCGGAGCGCCAUGUGUGGUCCCCCGUCGCAUCACUACUCAGCGCCGCUGAACUUUCGCAAAGGCUUCACCUUCACCAAAUGUACAUGGAAGUGUACGGCUAUACUAGUUAUAUUAUUAAGUGUUAUACUUGUUAUAACAUUAUUAUUAACAGCAUCUAACGUAUUAAGUAUAUCAUAUCCAACCACCAACCCCUGUACAGUUCUAGUCGAUGAGAAGGCGGAGAUUUCCGCGGCCAAAAGUACGAUAGCGGACGCGAACCGGGCGGCGGACAGCGGAACGGCACCGGGCCGGCCCAAACCUGCCCUGAGCAGUAGUAGUCCUGCCGAUUCGCCCUCGCUCAGUUCCGCGUCCACGUCCGCCGCGUCCUCGUCGGCGGCGUCAACGGCGCCGGCCAACAGCAAUAGCAACGGCAACAACAAUGGCAACAACGGAGGUGCCCGCACAUUCCCAGCGCGAAGCUUCCCCCCGGACGGCACCACCUUCUCGCAGAUCAGCCUCGGGGCGCGCCUCUCCUCCAAGGAGAUCCCCCCGUACAGCUACUGGAACAUGCAGUUCUACCAGUCCGAGCCGGCGUACGUCAAGUUCGACUAUGGCAUUCCGAGGGGCGCCUCGAUCGGCGUGUACGCCCGCCGGAACGCGCUGCCCACCCACACCCAGUACCACUUCAAGGAGGUGCUGAGCGGAUUCAACGCGCGCCAGACACGUGCCGCACAUCCGUCGAUGCGCCGAGAGGUGACCCGCUACAUGGAGCCCGGCCACUGGUUCCUGUCGAUCUACAACGACGACGGUGACGCGCAGGAGAUCACCUUUUACGGUGCGGUCGCAGAAGACAUGACCCAAAACUGCCCGAACGGGUGCUCCGGCAACGGCCAGUGCCUGCUCGGCCACUGUCAGUGCAAUCCCGGCUACGGAGGCGACGACUGCAGCGAGAGCGUCUGUCCGGUGCUGUGCUCUCAGCGCGGCGAAUACAUCAACGGCGAGUGCCAGUGCAACCCGGGCUGGAAGGGCAAGGAGUGCUCGCUGCGGCACGACGAGUGCGAGGUUCCGGACUGCAACGGCCACGGACACUGCGUCAGCGGCAAGUGCUCGUGCGUGCGCGGCUACAAGGGCAAAUUCUGCGAAGAAGUGGACUGUCCCCACCCGACCUGCUCCGGCCACGGCUUCUGCGCCGACGGCACCUGCAUCUGCAAAAAGGGCUGGAAGGGCCCGGACUGUGCCGCCAUGGACCAGGACGCGCUCCAAUGCCUGCCCGACUGCUCCGGCCACGGCUCCUUCGAUCUGGACAGCCAGACGUGCACGUGCGAGCCCAAGUGGAGCGGCGAGGACUGCUCGCAGGAGCUGUGCGAUCUCAACUGUGGCCAACACGGACGCUGCGUGGGCGAUGCCUGUGCCUGCGAUGCCGGCUGGGGAGGUGAAUUCUGCAACUCGCGGCUUUGCGAUCCGCGCUGCAACGAGCAUGGUCAGUGCAAGAACGGAACGUGCCUGUGCGUGACCGGGUGGAACGGGAAGCACUGCACGCUCGAGGGGUGUCCCAGUGGUUGCUCCCAGCAUGGCCAGUGCCACGUGAGCGGUGAGCUGAUGUGGGAGUGCCGCUGCUACGAGGGCUGGGAUGGAGUGGACUGCUCGGUGCCGCUGGAGCAAAAUUGUGGCGACAACAAGGACAACGAUAGAGACGGCCUUGUCGACUGCGAGGACCCCGAGUGCUGCAGCAGCCACUCGUGCAAAACGAGCCAGCUGUGCGUUUCGGCCCCGAAGCCCAUCGACGUUCUGCUGCGGAAGCAACCCCCGGCCAUCACGGCGUCCUUCUUCGAACGCAUGAAGUUCCUGAUUGACGAGGGCAGUCUGCAGAAUUACGCCAAGCUGGAGACGUUCAAUGAGAGCGUUUUUUGGAAUCAUUUUAACGCAAGCCGUUCCGCCGUAAUCCGAGGCCGCGUCGUCACGUCGCUGCAGAUGGGGCUGGUCGGAGUUCGCGUGAGCACUUCGACACCUUUGGAGGGAUUCACGCUGACGCGGGACGACGGGUGGUUCGAUCUGAUGGUGAACGGAGGAGGUGCGAUCACGCUGCAGUUUGGCCGAUCGCCGUUCCGGCCGCAGACACGGAUUGUGCAGGUGCCGUGGAACGAGGUGGUCAUCAUUGACACGGUGGUGAUGUCUACGCUGGACGACAAGGAGAAGAGUGGAAUUCCGCACACGUGCUUCUCGCACGAUUACGACUCGAUGAAGCCGGUCGUGUUGGCCACGUGGAAGCACGGAUUCCAGGGGGCGUGCCCGGAUCGGAGCGCCAUCUUGGCGGAAUCGCAGGUGGUGCAGGAAUCGUUGGCGAUUCCUGGAACUGGGCUGAACCUGGUUUACCACAGCAGUCGUGCCGCUGGAUAUUUGUCCACGAUCAAGUUGCAGCUGACUCCGGAUACGAUCCCGCAAACGCUCAAGCUGAUCCACCUGAGGAUCACUAUCGAAGGAAUCCUGUUCGAGCGGGUAUUCGAAGCUGACCCGGGUAUCAAGUUCACGUACCCAUGGAACCGACUCAACAUCUACCGUCAACGCGUCUAUGGCAUUACGACGGCCGUGGUCAAGGUCGGAUAUCAGUACACCGACUGCAAGGACAUCAUCUGGGACGUGCAGACGACCAAGCUGAGCGGACACGACAUGAGCAUCUCCGAAGUUGGCGGAUGGAACCUGGACAUUCACCACCGGUACAACUUCCACGAGGGCAUUCUGCAGAAGGGAGACGGAUCCAACAUCUACCUGAAGCACAAGCCACGUGUGAUCCUCACCACCAUGGGCGACGGACAUCAACGACCGCUGGAUUGUAACGACUGCAACGGAGUUUCCGCCAAGCAGCGAUUGCUCGCUCCGGUCGCCCUCGCGGCAGCCCCCGACGGUUCUCUCUACGUUGGUGACUUCAACUACAUCCGAAGGAUCAUGAUCGACGGAACCGUCAAAACAGUGGUGAAACUCAACGCAACCCGCGUCUCCUAUCGCUACCACAUGGCCCUCAGUCCGCUCGAUGGAUCGCUGUACGUGUCCGACCCGGAAUCCCACCAGAUCAUCAAGGUCAAGAACAAGGACGACUCGCACGAUCCCGAACACAACUGGGAACCGAUCGUCGGAAGCGGCGAACGAUGCCUGCCCGGAGAUGAAGCCCACUGUGGUGACGGAGGACUCGCUCGCGAUGCCAAGCUGGCCUACCCGAAGGGAGUCGCAAUUUCUUCCGACAACGUACUCUUCUUCGCCGACGGAACCAACAUCCGAAUGGUCGAUCGUGACGGCGUGAUCAGCACCCUCAUCGGUAACCACAUGCACAAGUCUCACUGGAAGCCGGUCCCGUGCGAGGGCACUCUCAAGAUCGAAGAAAUGCACCUCCGAUGGCCCACCGAGCUGACGAUCAACCCACUGGACGACACCCUGCACAUCAUCGACGAUCACAUGAUCCUACGUAUGACGCCUGACGGACGAGUUCGCGUGAUCGCGGGACGACCCCUUCACUGCUCAUCCGCUUCACCAACCACGUUCGACUCGGAUCUUGCCGCUCACGCCACCCUCGUCAUGCCACAAAGCAUCGCGUUCGCACCGUCAGGUGAUCUGUACGUCGCCGAGUCCGACUCCCAGCGCAUCAACCGAAUCCGCGUUAUCGGAACCGACGGCAAGAUCGCCGCGUACGCCGGCGCCGAAUCCAAGUGCAACUGUCUCGAACGAGGCUGCGACUGCUACGAAGCCGAUCACUACCUGGCGAUCAGUGCCAAAUUCAACACGAUCUCGGCCAUCACGGUCACCCCCGACGGACACGUCCACAUCGCCGAUCAGGCCAACUACCGCAUCCGAUCGGUGAUUUCCAGCCUGCCAGAAGCCGGAACAUCAAAAGAGUACGAAAUCUACGCCCCGAACGCCCAAGAAAUCUACGUGUUCAACCGUUUCGGACAGCACAUCGCUACCAAGAACAUCAUGACCGGCGAGAUCACGUACAGCUUCCUGUACAACGUCAACACCUCGAACGGCAAGCUCAGCACGGUCACCGAUGCCGCCGGAAACAAGGUGUUCUUGCUGCGUGACUACACCUCGCAGGUCAACUCGAUCGAGAACACCAAGGGUCAAAAGUGCCGUCUCCGAAUGACCCGCAUGAAGAUGCUGCACGAACUCAGCACUCCAGACAACUACAACGUCACGUUCGACUACCAAGGGCCAACGGGACUGCUCAAAACGAAGCUCGACUCCACCGGACGCUCCUACGUGUACAAUUACGACGAGUUUGGUCGCCUAACAUCGGCCGUAACCCCAACCGGCAAGGUCAUCGAUCUAACCUUCGACCUCUCAGUCAAGGGCGCCACCGUCAAAGUCACCGAAAACUCCCAACGCGAAGUCUCCAUGCUCAUCCAAGGCUCCUCUGUCGUUUCCCGCGUCGGUGAAGCCGCAACCAAAACCACCGUCCUCGUCGACGGAAGCACCACCAGCGUCUCUCCGUGGGGCAACACCGUGUCCGUCGAGUCCGUCCCGUACAUCUUGCUCGCCGAGAUCGACCCCCUCCUCGGCGAAAGCUACCCCGUCCCGUCCAAGCAGCGCACCGAAAUCAACGGCGACCUGUCGAACCGCUUCGAGUGGCGCUACUUCAUCCGUCACGUCCCCGUGCGCGGUAAGAACUCCCGCGCCCUCACCCAGGUCGGCCGCAAGCUGCGCGUCAACGGCGAGAACCUGCUAACGUUCGAGUACGAAAAGGACAGCUCCUCGAUUACGGUCUCCGUGGACGACAAAACCGAAUUACUGAACGUCACGUACGACAAGUCUUCGCGACCGGUCGCGUACCGCCCACAGUCGGGAGAGUACGCCGACGUGGAUCUGGAAUACGAUCGCUUCGGACGGCUGAUCUCGUGGAAGUGGGGCAAUCUUAAAGAGGAGUACACCUUUGAUCGCGCAGGUCGGCUCAACGAGAUCAAGUACGGCGACGGCAGCUCGAUCGUGUACGCGUUCAAGGACAUGUUCAGCAGUCUACCGUUGAAGGUGACGACUCCGCGCCGAUCGGACUACCUGCUGCAGUACGACGACGCUGGGGCGCUGCAAUCGUUGACGACUCCACGCGGGCACAUCCACGCGUUCUCGCUGCAAACCUCGCUUGGGUUCUUCAAGUACCAGUACUUCUCGCCGAUCAACCGCCAUCCAUUCGAGAUUCUGUACAACGACGACGGGCAGAUCUUGGCCAAGAUUCAUCCGCACCAGUCGGGCAAGGUGGCGUUCGUGUAUGACAACGCUGGUCGGUUGGAAACCAUCCUGGCAGGACUGUCAUCGACGCAGUACACCUACCAGGAGAGUACGAGCCUGGUCAAGUUGGUUGAGGUGCUGGAACCUGGAUUCGAGCUGCGACGUGAGUUCAAGUACCACGCCGGAGUGAUGAAGGACGAGAAGCUCAAGUUUGGCUCGAAGAGUGCGCUGGCGUCGGCUCAUUUCAAGUAUCAGUACGAUGGAAAUGCAAGGAUGAGUGGAAUCGAGAUGGACAUUGACGGUAAGGAUUUGCCGAUCAUGCGGUUCAAGUACGGACAGAGCUUGGGAACGCUGGAUGCGAUCAGCGAUCUGAGGAUUACGAGGAAUGCGUUCAACAGGACGGUUGUGCAGGACACCUCGAAGCAGUUCUUCACGAUCACGGACUUUGACGAGCAUGGAAGGGUGAAGAGUGUGCUGAUAAACAUCAAGUCGUUUGACGUGUAUCGGUUGGAGCUGGAUUAUGAUUUGAGGAAUAGGAUCAAGACGCACAAGGUCAUGGUUGGUCGCGUGACAUCGCUUGAUAAAGUCAACUACAACGCUGAUGGACACGUUAGUGAGGUCGUUGGCACGAACAGCUGGAAGUAUCUGUACGACGAGAAUGGCAACAUCAUUGGAAUUCUGGAGCAGGGUGACAAGACCAACUUGGGGUACGACACCGGCGAUCGAGUGGUGCAGAUUGGUGAUGUGGAGUUCAACAGUUACGAUGCUCGCGGAUACGUUGUGCGUCGAGGUGAGCAAAAGUAUCGCUACAACAACCGAGGCCAGCUUAUUCACGCGUUGGAGCGCGAUCGCUUCCAGACGUGGUACUUCUACGACGAUAUGGGACGUCUGGUGGCAAGUCACGACGAGAAGGGCAACGUAACGCAGUACUUCUACGCGAACAUCAACGCGCCGGAACUGAUCACGCACAUUCACUACCCGAAGGUCGCGAAGACGUUCCGAUUCCUGUACGACGAUCGUGACAUGCUGGUGGCGGUGGAGACCGGCGAGCAGCGAUACUACGUGGCUACCGAUCAGAACGGAUCACCGAUCGCGUUCUUCGACAUCAACGGCAACAUCGUGAAGGAGAUCCGCCGUACGCCGUUCGGCAAGAUCGUCAAGGACUCGAACCCGGACUUUUUCGUGCCAAUCGACUUCCACGGAGGUCUGCUCGACCCGAACACCCGACUGGUCUACAUGGAGAAGCGUCUGUACGACACGGCGGUCGGCCAAUGGAUGACCCCGUACUGGGAACAGCUCGCAACCGAGAUGCGUCUGCCGACGGACGUGUUCAUCUACCGGUUCCACAACAACGAUCCGAUCAACAGGAAGGAACCGAUGAACUACAUGAACGACCUCAAGUCGUGGCUGCGACUGUUCGGGUACGACGUGACCAAGAUGCAGGGCUCGACCUACACCAAGGACAUGAUCUACCGACCGAACGCCAUGAUCAAGUCACCCCAGCUGGCGCCCGACUUUGGCGUCAUGUCCGGACUGCAGUGCAUCGUUGAGAAGGUUGACGAAAAGUUCUCGGACUUUGGCUUCGUGCCGAAGCCGUUGCUGAAGAUGGAGCUCAAGACGAGGAAUCUGCUGCCGCGUGUUGCCUACCGGCGGGGUGUAUUUGGUGAAGGAGUGCUGAUCUCCCGCAUCGACGGACGAGCGCUGGUCAGCGUGGUCGAUGGAUCGAACAGCGUCGUCCAGGACGUAGUUUCCUCCGUGUUCAACAGCUCGUACUUCCUGGAUCUGCACUUUAGCAUUCACGAUCAGGACGUGUUUUACUUCGUCAAGGACAACAUCAUGAAGCUGCGCGAUGACACGGAAGAGUUGCGCCGGCUGGGUGGAAUGUUCAACAUCUCGACGCACGACAUCAACGAUCAUGCGGUCUCGAACGGUAAGGAACUGCGACUGCACGGCCCGGACGCCGUGGUCAUCAUCAAGUACGGCGUCGAUCCGGAACAGGAACGGCACCGCAUCUUGAAGCACGCUCACAAGCGGGCCGUCGAACGGGCCUGGGAGCUCGAGAAGCAGCUGGUGGCCGCCGGAUUCCAGGGUCGCGGCGACUGGACCGAGGAAGAGAAGGAAGAACUGAUCUCGCACGGUGACGUCGACGGAUGGGUCGGGGUGGACAUUCACAGCAUACACAAGUACCCGCAGCUCGCGGAUGACCCCGGCAACGUGGCCUUCCAGCGGGACUCGAAGCGGAAACGACGGAAGAGCGGAAGCCACAAAGCGCAAACGCUGCGACAGCACAGGCACGAAAGCUCGUGAAAUAGCACCACCCUAGCGUAAGCAAAAAAAACAAACUCUCUAUCCAAUCUGUGAAGCUUUCCAAAAACAAAACAAAAAAAAAACGCAUGAAAAACAAGUAAAUUUUCAAAGAACGCUCUCUCUUGCUCUUUUAAGGAAAAUCUUUCUCCGAGAACUGAUUUGAAGAAAGAGAAGUGAAUAUUAGAAAUAUUGUGAUACAUAGAUUUAUUUUGGAUUAUUUUCGUAGGGUUAAACAAAACAACAUCAACAACAUGAAAACAUAAUAAAAGACGAUGAUAGGACGACGUUUAGCGUGACCGUAACAAGUUUUCUACACUUGCGCAAAACGAAAAUUAUGGAGCAAAAAAAAUCCUUUCUCAUUCAAGUCCGCAAAAUGAUAAUAUCAACAGCAAACAACAACAACAACACACACAAAAACACCGGAAGCAAACACACCAUUGAACAAAAUGCCCCAAAAAUAAAGUCUUUUUCUUACUUGAAGAACUGUGAAUUUUGGGAGACAAAUAAUUCUCUCUCCGACUAAACCUCGUUUUCGUACAUUUUUGAGUGCGGCUCUCUGCGCUCAUUCUCUUUCAUUUACCGAGUCAUGGUUAACUCACCUUAGGCUAAGUAGGCCGAAUUUGAUUCGAAGAUUGUUCCUGUUGCGUUCUUUCGUUGUUUUAUUUCUUUUUUCACACUUUCACUGAACACAAUCGUUUAUCGAAUGACGUCUCCACGAGAAAAUCCCCAUUUCUCUUUAUCACCCCUUCACGAUUGUUUUUUUUUGCAAGCGGUAACAUAACCAAACUUUUCGGCACCCGGAUCUCUUCCGGAAAAGAUCCGGCAGCAAUUUUUCAUGGUUUGACGUUUGCUACGAGAGAUCAAAGAGCGUCUCUUCGUGUCUAUUUGAUUUUAUGUUUUGUUUUGACAUUUUCACGAGUCGAUUAAUCACUAAAACUUUCACGCGUUUUUUUUAAUUUUAUGACUGUUUAAAAUCGAUUUUUCUUUAAAAUCCGUGAAAUUUUGAACGUUUUCACGAUGACAGUUCAGCUAACGUGACUGCGUUCUUGUUAGGCAGAGUGGCUGCGUACUUUUUCCUUCGUAAGGUAAAAUGAUCAAUUGUCAUUUUUGGACAGUGGAAAAUGAAAGAUAAAAACCGCAAAUUUCACGAUUCUGCAAGUAAGAAAAAAUACUUUUGCUAACCCCACUCUGAAAAGAGCGUAAAGAGAAAACAUAUUUUUAUAGAGUAAGCUACAAACACGCAGCAGAAAACAGAUCAAACAAUAAUCCAUUGUGAAACACACACACAACAUAUAAAAGUGAACAAGUAAAACAAGUAACGUAAUAAAUAUGGUUUCCGCCAUGUUGUGAAUGUCGCCAGUUUUUCUAAACAACCCACACCGACCCAUCUAAAAACAGAAUAUUGUUUCAUCGCAUCGCAGUUAUCAUCCGCUUCAAACCCCGCCCCCAACUCCCCAACAAUACUCGUACAUUUUAAGGUGGAAACAAAAGUGUAUCAUCAUCAAGUAUCAUCAUACAAACAUAAACACAAAUGGUAAAAUCAAAUCAAAAUCACAUUCUCGAGCCAUUCCGUGAACCACGAUUUUUCAAACAAAACUAGAACGAAAACGACGUACAGAAGAUGGGAAAAUAUUAUCAUUUUAUAUAUUUUGCAAAAGAAAAAAAAAGACGAAAGGAUGAGAAAAUAAGAAAACGCAAACGGACAAGCAGAACAAAACAGAAGAAAAAAACACUUAUAAAUAGGAGAACAAUGUAGUUAAUUAGCUGAAAAUUAAAUGUGGAAAAUUGUGAAUGUCUUUUAGCACGUAAGCAGCAGUUUUAAGGCAAACAAAAUAAAACGAAAGUGACAGUAGAAUAUGGAAAUUGCAUGAUGGAAAAUUCUCUAACACACACACACAACCAACAAAAAGCAAACUUUGGUGUUGUGCAAACAGUGCCAUUGAACUAGUCGAUACUGUAAAAAAAAGAAACACACAAACAAAUGAAAAUAAAAGAAUAAAACAAUUACCGGAGACAACUCAGCAAAUGGUCGUGGAAAUAUUUUUACAAAACAGAAAAAAAGAGGAAACAAAAUUGAGAAGACACAAAUCAAGAAGUGACUGAGAAAUCUCACCGAAAGCGGGAGAAUCAACAUAACAAAGAAAAAGGAGAAGAUUACAAGUGGUGCCAUAUGAAAGCGAGGGGAGACGAGACGGAAACGAAUGCACACGUUAUUGAACGAAAACAAAAGGGGAAAUGAUAAAACACUUAAUCCGUAGGUGACAUUUGUACAGUAAACUUAGUAAACACUAGUGAUAAAGAGACAAAAUAAGGUAAACAAAACAGUGAGACAGACGAAACGAUAUAAACAAAAUAGUGAAAUCUUCUCCUUUUUGCAGAAAUUUUAAUGGUUUUAUCGGCGCGCCAGCGCGCGCAGUAGGCCAUGAGACGAUUCUAUUACCCCGAACGCGUAGUACUAGAAUGGUCCCGCCCCCUGAAAAAAAACACAAACACACGCACACUAGUGAUGUGUAGUAGGCCGUGUUUUUAAUUUGUGUGCGUCGUGAGCGCACGCGCCAAGCAGUGGUGUUUUUAAUUUCGAUUCCAAAUCGAGCUUAACGUGACGACAAACAAUUUCCUAUUUUGCGUUUCAUAACCCCUUUUGAUACAUCACACAAACAACAACAACAAAAUAACGAAAUCACACAGACACAAAUCCGUCUUGCUUCCUGAUUUUAACUGAAUAAAAAAAGAUGAAUGAUAAUUAAAAAACAGAUAAUCUCCUAGCAAAUGUCGAUAUAGAAAUGGGGAAAAAUAAAACUCACACAGCUCCAAAUGGUUGGCUCAAAAAUGGCAAACAAGAAGAAAAAAUGGUAAAUUCUCUCUUUUCUUGGCUUCUACAGGGUAUUUGUAAUAAAUUCUUAUAUGAACCGAACACAUGGAAGGUAAUCUAAAACACGAAACAGAUGAAAUAGAACAAGAAUCACUACCGAAUAAGCAUCAUUUAAAUCAAGCGAAACAAAAACAAAAAAAUACAGAAAACAUCAAAUAGUUGACUAAAGAUAACGCAAACAAUACCAAAACAUAUAAGUAGCAAACCACUGAAACAUAUGGAAGUGAAGCGACAUUUUGUUUUCAGUUUACUGAACUCACACAAACACACAUUCAAACAGUACUCGUUUACAGAAAUACUCUCAGACACAGCACACAAAUACACCAAUACUCGCUCUAAUUCUGUCUCCUCGAAAAAAAAAAAAAAACACCGGAAGACGCUUGCAAACUAUUUUUUGUCUGAAACCUAUUCUACCACGUUCCAGAAUAGGAGAUUGUUUAUUUUGCCCCUCGCCUCCCAAAUAACAAUAGAAACUGCUUAAGUUUCGUUCGUUGAAGAUAAAUGGUCAAGCCCGCGAUCCCAAUGAAAAAAAAAAUGAGAAAAACAAGCUAAGAUGAAUGUAGAAUUGUAGAGAAAUAAAGCAAACAAAACAAAAAGAAUGAAAGAAUGAAGUAAAAACUCAAAAGCAAUACGAGAAAACGGCGACUAACUUUUCUCGGUGUAGGAAAAAGAAGUAGAAGUGACUUCCGCACAGCGCGCCUACUUUGAUCUUUUUUUCCGUACACGACACAUACGCGAUUCCGACUCAUUGCCGUGCCGUCUCGAAACGAGACGCCGGAUUUUUGUUUCAAAACUUUGUGACAAAACAAAACAAUUUAGACCGUCGAUACGAAAUUGUGCAAUCAAAUUUUGUUUUCUUACUCUCGACCGCAAAGAGGAAAGAAAUAUCAAUCAAUGUACUGAAGAGUGCGUCUUUUUUCCAAGGAAAAAGAUGGCGCUCCCUUUUUGACUAUUGUUUAAGAUCAGAACCCGAAUGAAUUAAAAAUCAGGAAAAACAAAUCUGAAAGACUUUGUACAUAAUUUGUGUAUUUAUUGGUUAAUCUUGUCUGCUUUUUUUUUCAAACAAAUUCAAAAAUAAGCAGUUUACCACUACGCUAAGUUUGUUUAUCAGUUUAGAGCAAACGUUGUAAAUAGUGCUCUCUAUCACUCAACACACAACACAACUUUAACGGAAAGACUUAGUUGUAGCUUCUUUUCAGAAAAAAUACGGGGCAAACUUCCCCGCCAGAAUUCGUGUCGUGUAGCAAAGCAAACAAAAAAUCACUAUAUAAAGAGGCAGAAUCUCUGUGAGCAUUACUAUAAUAUAGUAAUUUCGCUCUCUUCCGAAUGGAAUUAUCUCUCUGUAAAAAAAAUAACAGUAAACCUUGCUCCCUCCGUGUUAUUUUGUAAAUUUUUAUUUCAUCUUCCCGAAAGAGAGAGACCCGAUCCGAAUUAAUAAAGACAAAAAAAAAUGAAAUUCCUAGGACUGUAAAAUCAAAGUUUUUAAAAGUGACAAACGGUGGCAAAUUGUUCGCCGAAAUAAAGGAAAAAAAAAUCAAAGAAAAUUGCAUAACAGAAGUGAAAAAAACUGACAAAAAACGUUAAUAUUGUUGUGGCGAAAGCGGAAGGAAAUAAUAAGACUAGGAUGAAGGAAGGCGAAAAAGAGUGGAGAUGAAGAAGAGGAAACACGAAAGCUAGUGAGUGAAAACCCUGUUUUGUAAUAUAUAACUGCUAGGGGGUCGUAAAUCGUAAAUGUAAAAAAUCAAGAAAAAAAAUAAAAUAAACAAAAAAUGGUAAGUGACGUAGACAAACAUUGGAGAAAAAAAUUAGUGGUAAAUAAAUUGAAGGAAAAAAAUCAGCAACGGCAUGCAAAGAAUGUUGUAAUGGCAAAAUAAGCUGCAAAAAAAAAAAAAA